CCUGCAGAGUACAGUAGAAUCAACAGCCGCCAGAAAUGAGGAAUAGGAACAGAAAGUUUGACCAAACUCAUUCAUCAUCGUCCCUUCAUGCUCACAACAGAAACCCACUUUCUUUCUUCCUUUCCAUUAUUUUUACUUUGAUACUUCCCCUCUCUGUAAUCCAUCAACCCAAGCCUAGUUCAUCCAGCACAGCCAGACUCAGAUAUGAUGAAGCUAGGUGGGUUUCUGUUGUUUGUGUCUCUCUCCCUACAACUCGCUCUCAUCUCUACCCAAUCCACAAACUCAACCAACACAACCACAUCAUGCCCCAUGGAUCUGAGCUAUGUCCUUAGAAUCCCCUUCAACUCCUCCUUAUGCCGAAACUUCCAAGGCCCUCCCAAAACCCCACAAAUGGACAUCACCCAGAUCCCAUGCUGCCAAACCCUCUUGUCUCUCUAUGGAAUAGCCCUUGCCCAGCACCUCAAAGAAACCACUCUGUUUCAACUCCCCAACCUACCCACCUCAAACUCCUGCCUCCAGAAUUUCCAGUCCAAGCUCACCUCCCUCUCCCUCCCUUCCACUUUGGUCUCCUACUGCUUUGACCCUUCACAGUUUGUCAUCACCCCCAACAUCUGUGCCCAUAUUGAGUCUUCCCAAGACUGGGUCUCCAAGUUCAAUGGCACCACUGCUCUGGAUUCUUCCUGCCGACCAGACCUUACUGAUCUCUCCUCCUGCGACGCUUGCGUGGCCGCGGGCCUCAAGGUUCAGCAACAGUUGAUCGCCGUUGAUGGUAACUCUUCUCACUCUAGAGAUUGUUGGUACUUUACAAUUCUUUAUGCUGCUGGUAUCAUCAAUGAGUUUGGACCUGAGAGCAAUGGUGCUGUGACUUGUAUUUUUAGUUUGUCAUUGGAUUCUAAUGUGGGCUCGCCCAAAAAGAGCAACACAGGUCUUAUUUUCGGCCUCACCGGUGCUGGGGUUGCUGUGUUUGUUAUGUCUAGUUUGUUGGGGUUGUAUUUUUGGUAUGACAGGAGGUGGAGGAACAAAAGGGUUGUUGGGUCGAGAAUGGAUUCUGGUUUUGAUUUGGAUGAAAGAGAGGCUAGGAUUAGAGUUAGACCCAACACGGGUUCCAUUUGGUUUAAAAUUCAGGACCUUGAGAAGGCUACUAAUAACUUUUCGCAGAAGAAUUUCAUAGGCCGAGGUGGAUUUGGUCUUGUUUACAAGGGUGUUCUAUCUGAUGGAACUACUGUUGCUGUUAAGAAAGUUAUAGAGUCUGAUUUUCAAGGGGAUGCUGAAUUCUGCAAUGAGGUUGAGAUUAUUAGCAAUUUGAAGCAUCGGAAUCUGGUUCCGCUUAGAGGGUGUUGUGUGGUUGAGGGGGAGGACAAUUAUGAAGAGAGGGGAAGUAACAGGUACCUUGUAUAUGAUUACAUGCCGAAUGGAAAUCUAGAUGACCAUCUAUUUCUUUCUCUGUCUAGUAGUCAGCGUGGAAUUGAAAGGAGGCCCUUGACUUGGCCUCAAAGGAAGGGCAUAAUCUUGGAUGUGGCCAAGGGACUAGCUUAUUUGCAUUAUGGAGUGAAGCCUGCAAUAUAUCACAGAGAUAUUAAGGCAACAAACAUACUACUAGAUGUAGAUAUGAGAGCAAGAGUGGCAGAUUUUGGGCUCGCAAAGCAAAGUAUGGAAGGCCAGUCUCAUCUAACAACUAGAGUGGCAGGGACUCACGGGUAUUUGGCCCCUGAAUAUGCUCUUUAUGGACAGCUGACCGAGAAGAGCGAUGUUUAUAGCUUUGGAGUUGUUGUUUUGGAGAUCAUGUGUGGGAGAAAAGCUCUUGAUCUAUCUUCCUUGGGAUCCCCGCGAGCAUUCUUGAUCACGGAUUGGGCUUGGUCAUUAAUAAAAUCUGGGAAAGUUGAAGAGGCCUUAGACAAAUCACUGUUGAAAGAGGGGGACAGUGUCAAUUCAAAUCCAAAGAGCAUAAUGGAAAGAUUUUUGCUUGUUGGGAUUUUGUGUGCUCAUGUAAUGGUUGCUUUACGGCCUAGCAUUUUGGAUGCACUGAAAAUGUUGGAAGGGGAUAUUGAGGUGCCACCGAUUCCAGAUAGGCCAAUGCCUCUUGGUCACCCUUCAUGUUAUGGCGACGGUAAUACUUUCAGCAUAUCACCAGCUUUGAGCGGGCCAAGAUUACAUAGUGGAGACAUGCUCAGGUUUAUCGGAGAGUGACCAAUAGAGGGGUUAGUUGAAAUGAUUAGCCCGUCCAUGGUUCUCUCCCAUCAGUUCGAGCUCCAACCCCUUCAUGAUGCUUUGCUAGAGUUUACUGUCUCUCAAAGAUCGUAGGGUUUGGCAAGAGGCGCAACUUUGAGAUCCGGGCCUGCAACCAAUUGAAUGGUAAUAAGGAGCCUGAUAUUCAACUUCUUCAGGUUGUGUUUGGAUGAAGGAAAAAAAUGCUGGAAUUUAAAGAAAACUCAGCAUUUCACGAUUCCACCACCCAAAGGUGGCUCUGUUUGGUAGCACUUCCCGUGAAAUUUGUAAAUCAUGCACCAGGAAAAAAAAACGGGGGAAUUGGAGAUGGAGAUUCACGACUUCAAUCCCUCGGAAAUACGCAUUAUCGUUCAAUUCCAUCCAAGUGAGGUGCAAAGCCCUUGUGCUUGGUGGUAGAAUUCCAUCCAAGUUUGUUAUCUUUACUAUUUUUGUGAAGGUUCUAUUUAUUUAUUUUUUAUUAUUAUUUUGUUAUGAAUAUGUUUUUGUAUCGAGUUAAAUGGAACUGAAUGAGUAUUAUGAUUCUCGGUUCUAAUUGGGUUUA